UUGAUUUAAUUUUGGUGUUGUUUUAUUUUGUUGUUGUUUGGCUGGUUGGGUUUUUGUUUGUUUUGUUGGCUUGUUUUGUUGUAUGUGUGUGUGUAUAUAUGUGUGUGUGUGUGUGUGUGUGUGUGUGCACGCGCAUGCGCAUGUGUGUGUUCACUCUCGUGGGUGUCUGAGAAGGCCAGAAGUUGGCAUUGGUCACCUUCUCAAUCUGUUACCUCCCCUCUUUCAUGUGUUUGUGUGCUGGUGUGUGUGGGUAUGUAUGCAUGGCCAUGCUGGAGGGUAUACAUGUGUGUGUGUGUGUGUGUGUGUGUACACGUGUGUGCAUGGAGAAGCCCGAGGUUGAUGUUGGGUAUCUUCCUCCAUCAGCCUUCUGUCUGUCUCUUUUGAAGCAGAAUCUAGAGACUGGAAUGAGAGGUGAACCACCACGCCCCCAGGAUUUAUGUGGGUUCUGGGGAUUUGGUCCUUUGGGUUGUGUGGUAAGCACUUUAACUGCUGAGCCAUCUCCACAGCCCAAGCUUAUUUUGUGAGCUCUCUCAUUGAAACUAGAACUCUUUAUUUUGGCUACACUGGCGAACCAGCAUCAAGAACCACCUGCCUCUGUUCGCAAGGGCUAGGGUCCAGGUAUAAACGAGCUUGGCUUCUAUGUGCGUGCUGGGUUUGCUGGCGUGCUGGGUGGCUGGUACCCUGAGCCAUCUCCCCAGGCCCCACUGUUUUCUUUGCUGGGACAGGGUUUUGCUCUGUAGCCCAAGUUGACCUGGAAUGUAUCCUCCUCCUGCCAUAGCCUCCAAUGUAGACUAGGUGUCCAGUCUACAAAUGCGGACCUUCCUCUGGGCUCCCGGGCAGCCUUGGGCCUCAUCCUUUUGAUGGAAAGUCUCAUGUAGCCACAGACUUGCUAUGUAGCAGAGGAUGACCUUGAAUUUCGGAUCCUCCAGCCUGCAUCACACACUUGAUAUAUACGGUGCUGGGUCAGGGAGGGAAAGCCAAAGGCUUUGCCCACAGUUUGUUGUUGUUUUGAGACUGGGCUGCUCUGUGGCCCUGGCUGUCCUGGAACUCACUCUGUAGACCAGGCUGGCCUCGAACUCACAGAGGUCCCAUCAGCCUCUGCCUCCCGAGUGCUGGGAUUAUAGACAUGCACCAUUGCGCCCAGUGCCAGUCCUCAUUCUUGUGUUGGUCUGUUCAUUGGCUGAAAGGCUAAGACUAAGAAACUCCCAGGUGAGACGCGGGCAGGAAAUGAACCUGCUCUUCACCUUUCUCUGUGGCGGCUGAGCAGUGACAGAUCGUGAACCUUUCUUCUGAAGUAGAAUCAGUGAGAAUGCGAAAGGCAUCGGAUCCCUCUGACGUCCUUCCUUUCUGACCUCCAUCUGCAAAAUGAGAGCAGACCUAACUCCGGCCGGUGCGGAGAGUCAGAUGGGAGCACAGGUUUGACAUCUACAGGAAGGUGCCCAAGGACCUCACACAGCCGACAUAUACUGGUGCCAUUAUCUCCAUCUGCUGCUGCCUCUUCAUCCUCUUCCUCUUCCUGUCGGAGCUCACUGGAUUCAUCACAACAGAAGUGGUGAAUGAGCUCUACGUCGAUGACCCAGACAAGGACAGCGGAGGCAAAAUUGACGUCAGUCUCAACAUCAGUUUACCCAAUUUGCACUGUGAAUUGGUCGGGCUUGACAUCCAAGAUGAGAUGGGCAGACACGAAGUGGGCCACAUCGACAAUUCCAUGAAGAUCCCGCUGAAUAAUGGAGCCGGCUGCCGCUUCGAGGGCCAGUUCAGCAUCAACAAGGUUCCCGGCAACUUCCAUGUGUCCACACACAGUGCCACAGCGCAGCCACAGAACCCGGACAUGACACAUACCAUCCAUAAACUCUCCUUUGGGGAUACGCUACAGGUCCAGAAUGUUCACGGGGCUUUCAAUGCUCUUGGGGGAGCAGACAGACUCACCUCCAACCCCCUGGCCUCCCAUGACUACAUCUUGAAGAUUGUACCCACAGUGUAUGAGGACAAGAGCGGCAAGCAGCGCUACUCCUACCAGUACACAGUGGCCAACAAGGAGUACGUUGCCUACAGCCACACGGGACGCAUUAUCCCUGCCAUCUGGUUCCGCUAUGACCUCAGCCCCAUCACAGUCAAGUACACAGAGAGAAGACAACCCCUGUACAGGUUCAUCACCACAAAAGUUCAUCUGGGAACUAAAGGAGCUGACACAGAUCUGUGCCAUCAUCGGCGGAACCUUCACUGUCGCCGGCAUUCUGGACUCCUGUAUCUUCACAGCCUCAGAAGCGUGGAAGAAGAUCCAGCUGGGCAAAAUUCACUGACGUCCUGUCCAGCCCAGUGACUGAGGACCAGGAACCCUGCUAGCCCUGCCUCUGGCGUCCUAUCUCCUUCUGCCUUCUCUGGCCCAGUGUGUGUGGGAGGAGGGUGAUGGUUAUGGGUGGCACCAGGUUCCCCAGCUACCUCUCUCCCCAUGUUUUAGAUAAAUUAACACUGCCUGGAGUCACGUGUCUCUUUCCCUGCAGAGCCCCAAGACCAGGGUCAGGCAUGGGGAGGUACUCCAGGGAUGCCGGUGACCUCUCUGGGAAGGCUGUAGUCUAUUCUCUGUUAGGGAAUAACUUAGAGUACAAACAGAUAAGCUUUCAGACAGGCUUUGACAAUCUUUAAGCCCCCAUCAUUUGGACAUGCUAAUAGCUUGAUUUGUCCCCCGGGCAGCCAACCUGUGCUCUCAGCCUCGGGACCAGACUGCCCAAAGGUACUGCUGCUUGGCGCUCUCAGUAUGGAAUGGUACUUGGCAGGGACACCCAUAGGCCCGGCACUGCAGCUGGAACUUGCUUCUGCCUCAUUGCUUCAUGCCCGACCUAGAGCCCGGGGCUUGUCUCCUACCCCAGCCCUGCCUCCUCCUCCGGGCAGAUGCCAGAUUGCUUGACAGAACGGUGGAGACUCGGAUUUGCCCACCAGUCCUGAGGCAGCUCACGGGUGCCCCUUCCUCUCUUGUCUUUGCUUUUCUGAAUCCCCCACCAAUGUGCCUCAGCUGCUGUGCUAUGCGGCAAUAGCAUUUCUUGGUGAAGGGGCUGGUUCCCAUUGCAAAGCCCCCCUCCCCCCAACAGUUACAUUCUGCAGUGCCAAGGGAUAGGGCCAUGUGACUGGAAGGUCAUCCUUGGAAGACCAUAUAAGGCACAGUUUGUACACUUCUGUCCAAACCAGAAGCAUCCUUCCCAAUGAACCACAAAUGAUCAUGUCUGACAUCCACCUUUGGUCCCAAGGCCUUAGCUGGGGAAAUGAAGCAGGCUUCUCUUUCCAUCCCUACCUUGCAGGGUCCCAAAAGAUGCCCAGCAUCUGGAACCCACUUGCUAUUGAGACCCCCUGUUAGCUGAGCACAUGCCAACUCAUUCUUAGACCCAGGGGGCUCCCGUGUCUCCCCCACUUCCUCCUGAGUUAGAUCUCUUUCUUGUUCCCCCUCAUCCUUCCUAAGGGGAGGGGCAGUGGUCUAGGUAUGAAUUCCAUGCAGAGAAUUUUAGCUAUGUUCUCAAGUCCAGAGAGAGCCGCGGGCCUGGGCUUCAUUUAUAUUGAGAUGGUUUGCAUACUUUUGUAAUGAAGGGGUACCUGCAGUAGGAAGUUUUGGGGUUUUUUGUUUUUGUUUGGUUUUGGUUUUGUUUUUCUUAAAUAGUCUCUUAUGGGUAGCUGGAUUCUCUGCCAUUUGUAAUUUUUCCUCUGAUUCCAAUUAGCAAAACUUCCCUUUUUAUAUGAGUUGAUUCUUAUUGUGUAUGUAAACUGCCCCUGGCCACUUGGCUAGAUUUCUUAUCUUCUUUUAAACAUUCUGUUCCACAGUUUAAGAAACCAGUCCCUUUGGUGUGUGAAUCUGUCACCUGUGGAGGGUUGGGCAGGGUGGGAUGGGACGGGAACUAUGUGGCAUGCGUAUGAGUUGAAAUCCCACUUUUGUGAGGACACGGUAUGCCAGUUUCCCAUGGAAGAGACGCCUCUGGCCUGUUGUUCUUGUAAAGGUAUUCUUAAGGGGACAUAUGUUUUGAUUCUUUCCCACUCACUGGGUUCAAUUAGAUAUUAAAAGGCUGCUUUUCAGAAA